AUGACGCGUGAUGCGAGAAUGAGGAGUGGUCUUCAGCGACAAGUGUUAUCUGUGUACAAACGCUCGCUGCGGGCAGCUAAAAACAAACCCGGGUUCUACGAGAACGUUAGGUCCGAAUUUCGCCGAAACGCGGCUGCUGUUGCCAAGCAGGAUGUCAUGCACAUCGAGCACCUGCUCCGAAAGGCCGAGAAGAAGAUCAAGCUCAUGACUGACGAGUUUGUGCAAAGCGUACGAACAGUGCGUGCGACCGAUAGACCAGAAUCAAAGUAG